ACAAAAGUUUGUGAAAAUGAAAUUCUUCGUCAUUUUCGCGGCACUCAUUGUCAUUUCCAUGGCAGCUCAAAAAAAGGUUACUUUGGUCAGCUGUGUGGCUCCGGGAUGGGCUUCUCAGAACGGAGGAACAACUGGUGGCGGAGACAACGUAGCAGAGACAACGGUUUCAACGUAUGCCCAAUUGAAAGCAGCCAUUAAAAACGCUUCCAUAAAACUGAUAAAAGUAAUCGGAACUAUUACAAUAACUGCCCGUUUAACUCUUAAGGAUCAGACUGGAAAGACUAUUUAUGGGACAGCCGGAGCUAAACUGGUUUCUACCGAUCAGACAAAAGAUGGACCUGGAGCCUAUGAUACUGAUGGCUGGGACAAUCUAAUUCUGGACGAUUGUCAAAAUGUGUGGAUUGAUCACUGCGAAUUCAGAGAUGGUGUCGACGGAAAUUUUGACAUCAAAAACAAAUCGGAUUUUAUUACAGUUUCUUAUACAAAGUUCCAAUACGUGAAAGCGCCAAAACCUGGUGGCUCAGGCGGAACAAAUGACCACAGAUUCUCAAACCUUAUCGGAUCAGGUGACGGAGCCAUCGCUGAUGCUGGGAAACUAAAUGUAGCUUUUGUUCGUUGCUGGUGGGCACCGGGCUGCAAAGAACGUAUGCCGAGAGUAAGAUUCGGAAAGGUUCAUGUCCUGAACAGUUAUUUCAACAGUUUUGUUAGUAACAAAUGUAUUGCUGCGGGUUUUCAGGCCAAUAUUCUUGUGGAAAAGAAUGUUUUUGAGAAUGUGAAAAACCCUAUCAGCUUAAUGAGCGGAUUUACGGCUGUAACACAAACUGGAAACAGUUUCAUAAAUGUUACAGGAAAUACUUCAGGAAGCGGAACGGUAUUUACUCCGCCAUACAGCAUCAAUGAACUGAACGUUACUGAUGUUAGGGCAGAUGUAACAGCUAAUGCAGGAGCUACUUUAGAUGGAAAUUAUUGUGGUGCAUUCUAAAUUUUAAUAAUAAUAUGCCUCUUGUUUGAGAUAGCCUCUGUUUGUAUUUUAAACCACUUAAAGUCUUUAUUGGUUAGAAAGAAUAAGUUGCCAAAAGUAAAAUAGAAUGAAUUACAGUAAACUAUUCUGGGUGCUCAUUUGAGAAGAGUCGAAAUUUCAUUUCCUAUCAAAAAUUUAUGCCACGCGUAAGAAAUAUAUAUAUACAGUUUAUCGUC